AUGGUCACAAUUCUCGAUCUGGGUGAUAUCUCUUGCCAUCGGAGACACAUUGACCAGGUUGAGUUCAAUACCAAAGGUGAGAACUUCACCAUACUGCAACCGGGUGAUGAAGCGAAGCUACUGGGCGAUGAUGUGGAUGAAGAAAGCAUACCUUUCAAUCUAACAGGCGCUGCGGCUUUAGAUAGCCUGGAUAAGUUGGAUAACGAUGACCACCUGAUCAAUAUCCGCACGACCUCCGACCCAAAACCAUCGCAACCUUCGGGUCAACCCACAGCUGUAGGUUCGAAGCGGACCGUAUCCAAGCUUAGCGAAUCAUCCGCUUGCCCUGUUCCAGAAAAAUCCAAGGCUGUUGAGUCGACACAAUCCAACUCGGACGUUUCAACCGCCAAGACGGUCAUUUCUCUUGCACCGUCGGAUCAGUCUGCAACAAUGUCUGAGACUGAUUGUUUGAACGCACGCGCUAUCAGAUUUGGCUUGCAACGUCCUGCCGGCGCUGGUGCUGCUUUGACGGAUGACAAGCUUGCGGCGCGCGCUCGUCGAUUUGGUCUACCCGUCAACGAAAAUCGUUCUACCUCUACUACUGCCGGUGGUAUUCGUGCAGCCACGGGGCCUUCCAUUGAUGCGGAACUCCUGCGCAAGCGAGCCGAGCGUUUCGGCGAGGUCACCAGUCCGAUUGUCGACAAGGACCUAUCCCUACAAUCCAUUGCACUGAAUAUGCAAGUCUUUGAUCAAAUCCGUGCAACAGUCAGGCGAAUUUCGUACAAAGCACUGUUCAAGUAUCAGGUUCAUAUAACCAUGUUGCCGGAGACUAGGUAUAACGGUGCGGAUGAUGGAAUUCGUAAGGAUCUUGGGCCAAUGCAA